AUGGAAUCCAAAGAAGUUGUUACUCAUGUAAAGAACUUGGAAAAGAACAAAACUAAUGAGGAAACUGUUUUACAGAUUUUGCGCAUACUCAAUAAAGAGUUAGUGGCAACAGAAAAGCUUUUGCGAGAAACCAAAGUUGGUGUGAUCGUAAACCAAUUUAAGAAAUCCUCUAAUGAAGAAAUUGCUAAGUUGGUAAAGAAGAUGAUUUCAACGUGGAAAGAAGCUAUAUCUAAGGAAAAGAAGAAAAGGGCUGCUGCAGCUAUAUCACAAUCUGCUUCUACAUCGUCGGGGUCUUCUUCAAAUAACAGCGGCAACCACGCUUCGACAGUAAGUGGUUCUUCCAACGAACCUAGAGCACAGGAAAAAUACCAGGCUAAGGGACCACGGAGUGCAAAAAACGACGGAGUAACUACAACUAUAUAUAACGAUAAAUUACGGGACAUGGUUAUAAAGGCCUUCUACGAUGCGCUGGCGAAGGAAAGUGAACAUCCACCACAGUCAAUACUCACCACCUCCAUUGAAAUAGAGAAGCAAAUGUAUAAACUUAACCCAACGAGCGAAAACGAAAAAGCUUACAAAGAUAAAUAUCGGGUAAUCUACUCAAACGUUAUUUCCAAGAAUAAUCCAGAGCUAAAACAUAAAAUAACAAAUGGCGAUAUAUCGCCAGAACAUCUUGUAAGUUGCAACCCAAAAGAUUUGGCACCAGAACACUUAAAGAGAAAACUUGAAGAGAUUGCUAAACAAAACCUGUUUAAUGCCCAAGGUGCUACGCUAGAAAGAUCCGUUACCGACAGAUUCCAAUGUGGUAAAUGUAAGGAGAAAAAGGUUUCAUACUACCAACUGCAGACUAGAUCAGCGGAUGAACCUUUAACAACAUUCUGUACCUGUGAGGUCUGUGGGAAUAGGUGGAAGUUUUCAUAA